AUGGCUCUGAACACUGAUUACGCGCUCGUUGGACCGAAUUUUUUUCCCCGCGCCACUUCAACAUGGUCGUGCCAGCGUCCACAUCUCCGUCCUGCUGUUCCAGGUCGUGCCCUCGCCGACGUCCUCGCUUUUGCUGCCCUAUUGCACGAUGGCGGUGCUACUCUCAACUGCUACAUCAGGAGAUGGCGCGCCAUCAACUAA